AGUCAGUGGAGUUGCAAAGUAAUUUUGAGCAAUUUAGAUUCUUAACGAAAUUUAGUCAGUGUCUGGAAUCAUAUAUAAACACACAACGACUAACUUACAGAGAUGUCAGAUCCAAUUAACUGGUUGCAUAGCACCAAGAAACUUUGUCAGGUAGUGAUUGAAAAGAGUGAGCAACGAAUUGCAAUGCCGCUUAAAGAGGAAGUGACUGCAACUUAUCCUGAACUCCAUGAGUUGAUGGAAUCUGUCCAACUGCAUAACCUGAAAGAAGAUGAUAUAAUUUUAAUCAAAGGGUUACAACAACAUUCUGAGGCAACAACAGAUGGUUUGCAGAAUUCAACAGAAGGAGUAAUGUGCCUGUCACCCUCACCCAGCUACAACAGUAGUUCUGUAUUUUGCAGCCUCCGAAAAUAUGCAUUGGGAUUCCAGCAUGCAAUCCAUGCAAUUACUGGAAAUUUUACUGAUACCAUUGAUCAGAGCACAGAGCACAUUUCCACUAGUGAGACUUGUUUUCCUGAUGCUGAUCCUCAAAGAAUAAAAGUGCCCACUGUUGAUGACAAUACAUGCCCUCAUCAUAAUUCUUUUCCUGAAGUUGAUAAUCCACACCUGCCCACUACUGAUCUUCCAAUAUCAGAGCAGUUGUAUCAUCAGAUGUCAGUUUCUCAAAGGAUUUCUAGUCCUGUACAUCCUUCAGUAGGUAGUCUUGCAGAGGACAUCCAGUUGCCAAUUAUAAUAACAGACACAGUUGUGGGAAAUCCUUCCGAUGUUCCAUGGGCCAAUGAAUCUCAGUUCUUUGAGGUACUUUCCAAUUAUGCAGAGGCUAUGUCAACUGAAAUACUCAGCACAGUAAUUACUGAUAGUACUGAAGGAAACAGAUCCACAGUGGAGCAGCCAGAGGCUUGGGUACCCAUUGAAGGCCAAAUUUCAUCAGAAGCAUUUUCACAUGAUACUAUCCAGCAUGCCCAUUUACAUCAAACUUUUACAGGUAUUGAUGAAUGUCCCAAAUCAUCUCAAGAUGGUUUAAGUACAAGCAGAGAAGAAGGAUCUGAGGAGAGUCCUGACCUAUCAAAAGGUGGGAGGGUAGAAGCUCUUCACUAUGGCCUGGCCCAUCUGGCAAAUAGGGAGGCUUCCAGUGCUUUUCAUAGAUGCUUUCAGGAAGUUGAGAGUCAAAUGGAAGGGAGCUUCGCUGACGAUAUUUCAAAAUCAAUAAAUGCAGAUUCCUCAGGAGAAGCAAAAGUUGCAAUACUUCCUGUUGUAGAAAAUUAUGCAUUGAGAUUGACCCAUGAUGUAAUUUCUGACAGCACCAGAGAAGCAAGCUUAGAAAGGAUGAUGACACAAAAUAAACUACAGCAAGGAGAAAGUUUGAACUCGCACCUUGCUUAUAUUGGAUCACAUAAAAGUAACGACCUUUCAGAUAUGUCACAAUCUGACAUUCUUACACACGAAAUUGACCAUCUAACAAGCAACGAGGUCAGUUCGUCAUGUGCUGGACCAUUGCUUCAAGGUGAUGAACAAGUUGAAACUUUAACCCAAGUUCCACAACGAUGUUUGGAUGGUUCUUCUCCAGACAGGGAAAGGCAUUUAUCAAUGAUAGACAAAGAAACAGCUGAUGAUUGUGAUUAUGAGAAACAAAUGUUCGAUAUACUUGGACUCACCAAGAAGGGUUCACUGGAUUAUCCCGAUGCACCUCCACCUACACCACUGAGGCCACAGCUGAGCAGCAGUCAAAGGAGUUUUACUAGAAAGCUCAAGGGAGGUUUGGCAAAAGAAUUCCUUCCUUCACCACCUCCACCAACCCCAAAGGAAAACGUCAAUUUCUGUUUGUCUGAAGAGGAUCGAGAAACUGAGGAAAAGACAGAAUUUAUGAGAAAGCUAAUCCGAUCAUUGUCUCAAGAGUUCAACGGAAAAGACACUACUGGAAUUUCUGAGGCACCUGAAGAGGAGAGUUUGGAACUGAUGUCUCCGGCUCCAAAAAGUGAACCAAUAGGGAAUUCCUGCGGAGAUGGAGAAACUGUACAAGACUAUUUUAGACAUUUGAUGUCAGGUAUUGUUUUUUCUUCUGCACAAGUAAUUUGUGGCAUUAUGGGUGAAAGUAUUGAUCUUAAAGCACCCAAACAUCAGCGCUGUGAUAGUGUUACGUGUAGUGAUGAAUACCAACCAAAUAUCCAGACAUCAAAAGAACCAAACCCACUUUCUUCUGAUCCGGUUAUUCCAGAAACAGAAAAGAAUUCAAUUAAACACAUUGAGAAUAAACACAGAGACAAUUUUCAGGUAAGCAUGGAAAGCCUCUUAGAGGACUAUGCUGAUAUGUUAGCACAGAAAAUUAUCAAUGUGGUUAUUAACUUUCUGAACCAAAUUGACCUACUUGACCAUGGAGAACAAAACAUGAAUGGAAAAAGUGAAAUGUCUUUUGAAGAUGGAAAUAAAGAUUGUAGGCAUUCAUGUCACAUUAAGCAGAUAAAUUCCAUGUCAGAGGAGUGGGUAAAAGGAAUAAUACAAUCUGCCCUUCAAGUAUUUCAUACUCAAUAUCAUUUACAACAAGACAGCUGUACCGACCCUGAGAUUUUGCAUUCAUCAGAACAGUUGCAGAACACAGAUUCAGCAGCCAGAAGCAUUGACAUUGAGGGCAGUACAGAAGAACACCAAAUCAAAAUGUCAUUGGAAACAACUAAAUCUGAAGUAAGCAGUGAGGAUGAGGUUCUAUGCAGUCAUCUUGCUUUUACUGAGGCGCAAAAUCCAGUUACUCAAGGCUUAGGAUGUGCAAUUGGUAUUGGGACCAGACCAAGCCCUGAUGAAGGAACAAGUGAUGGCAAUAACAAUUACAGUCAGUCCCCAUACAAGCAGGCGCAGGUAGACGUGAUAACUGAAGAUCUCACUGGAAAGAACCGAAGUUGCUUUGUUCAAGCAGAAACAAAAAUGAGCUUAUUUGAACAAAAGGAGGAAAGUUUACGUCAGCAUAAAAAUGAGGAUGAAUGUUUAGCCUUUCAUUCAGAGGCCAUUGUUGAAGAUAAAGAAACAUCUUCCACCUUAGAAUUAUCCAAAGUCUUAUUGAAGGAUCCAGACCACAAACCAAUAAAUGAAGCAUAUGCUGAAAACUUAGCAGCAACAAUACUUGAAUCCUCCUUGGCCGAUGCAUAUAAACAUUCUGGUACUGGACUGGUUACAGAUGAGAUGCCAAUGUGUUCUCCAAACACUGAACAGUAUAGAAAAUCUACUUCUGUUUCUAACAGCCCAGGUGAACAAAGUCCAGAGCUCCAACAGAAAAUAAGAACAGAAGAAUCAUUGAAGGAUCGAGAACCUGGUGUUCCCAUAAUAGAAAACACUAAAUCACAAAGCUUAAAUGUAGUUGAAUAUACAGAUGUAACAUCAUCAAAGCAAGCACAGGAGGAUCUGAGUCAGUCCACUGUCAUGGAACAGUGCCAUGCUGAAGAACAGGAAAGUUGUGAGGAAACGAGGAACUCUACUUCCCUUGCUCCAAGGGCAAUUGAAGUCUCGUUGGUGAACUUUAAGUCUGCUGGUGUUGAUGCACAGGUGCAAGCAAUGCUGCAGUGGGCUGCAGCAUCUCAGCUUAGCAUCACCAAAAUUCAUAUAAGGACUUCAAGUGAUGACUUCAUACAGAUAAUCACCGAUACAGCAAUACAGUUACAAGAUACUGCCAAACAGACGAGGCAAUGGAACUACACCACCUAUGUGCACACCAAGAACAAGAAACUGGAGAAACUUGGCGUCAUCACCAGCAGUGACAAAGCCACCCCUGGUACCACAGUUGAUAGCAGUACCACCGCGGGAAGAUCAAUUGUCAACUGA